GAUCAAAUCUGGACCGUACAAUAGCAGAAACUGCACGACAUACCUCACGACGAAAGAGCAUAAUUGGAACAAGACGAAGAAACCACUUUGUAUUUCACUUCUAUUCUCCUCUGUGUUUGCACUUUAAAAUUAAAAAAAAGAACAAAAGUCGUUUGAGUCUUUUCAGCUUGCAAGAGAGAUGUCGGGUAUAGCUCGUGGCCGGCUUGCGGAGGAGCGAAAGGCUUGGCGUAAGAACCAUCCUCAUGGUUUUGUAGCGAAGCCGGAGACUCUGCCGGAUGGUUCAGUGAAUUUGAUGGUGUGGCAUUGCACUAUUCCCGGUAAAGCCGGAACUGAUUGGGAGGGUGGUUACUACCCACUUACUCUCCACUUCAGUGAAGAUUACCCUAGCAAGCCACCAAAGUGCAAAUUUCCUCAAGGCUUCUUUCACCCCAAUGUCUAUCCUUCUGGAACUGUUUGCCUUUCAAUCCUCAAUGAAGACAGCGGGUGGAGACCAGCCAUUACUGUAAAGCAAAUUCUCGUCGGUAUCCAAGAUUUGCUGGACCAGCCAAAUCCUGCUGAUCCUGCUCAAACUGAAGGCUAUCAGCUCUUCAUCCAGGAUGCUGCUGAAUACAAGAGAAGGGUUCGCCUGCAGGCCAAGCAGUACCCCUCACCCAUCUAAUAAUGGUCUGCUUUCUGUGGUGAUUGCUGGUAAUUGUCAGUCCACUGCCUCCUGUAAAAUGCCAAUGCUAAACUUGCCCUUGUAAAAAAUGUUGAUAUAUUGGAACUGUCAAUUGCCUCUGUGUAAACUGCAUGGUUGAAACCGUCUUCCAUUUUGGCCGAUAGUGCAUGUAGAUAUACUACACUAUACGGCAACUGUACUCAUUGGUGAUCAUAUCAGUCGAAAACGUGGCUUUAUUUA